AUGGCGGUGAGGAUUCAGGCUCUUCGGCAAGACCUCAAAACCUUCCAGAUGAGAGACGAUGAAGGAGUUCAAGAGUAUGUCUCGCGGUUGAUCACAAUUACAAACCAUAUAAAGGGUCUUGGUCACAAGCUUAAGGAACCAGAGGUGGUGUCGAAGGUACUUCAAAGUCUGGCUCCAAAGUUUGACUGGGUUGCUGUUGCGAUUGAAGAAUCAAAGGAGAUCUCAAAACUCAGUCUUGAUGAUCUCUGUGGCACCCUUCAAGCUCAUGAAGUGAGAGUUAAUCGCUCUGUGAUGAAGACCAGUGAGAAAGCAUUGGUAGCAAGGGGUGAGUCCUCGAGCACAGGACAGCUCAAACCAAGUGGCUUUACUGUCUCUUCGGGCGAAGGCAGAGGUCGAGGGAGAUCUCAUUUGCGAGGAAGGGGAAGAAGCAAUCGUGGCCAGGGAAGAGGCUAUGAGAGCAACCGAUGA